CACUCCCGAAAGCCUGUGUGAUGUGCUGUCUAUGGAUUUCCCUUUUGAGGUAGAUGGACUUCUCUUCUACCACAAGCAGACCCACUACAGCCCCGGAAGCACUCCCUUGGUGGGCUGGCUGCGUCCCUACAUGGUAUCAGAUGUCCUUGGUGUAGCUGUGCCAGCUGGGCCGCUGACCACCAAGCCAGACUAUGCUGGGCACCAGCUCCAGCAGAUUAUGGAGCACAAAAAGAGCCAGAAGGAAGGCAUGAAGGAGAAACUCACACACACGGCCUCUGAAAAUGGGCACUAUGAGUUGGAGCACCUGUCUACUCCCAAGUUGAAGAGUUCUCCCCAUAGCCCAGACCACCCUGGAAGCCUCAUGGAGAAUUAAAGAGGGAAGCCUCCUUAACGAGCCACAGGAUGGUACCCGGCCCCAAAAGGAAUCCUGGGCAGGAGGACAGUGACAACAGUCUUACAUGUCCUGUGCUAAAUGUCAUCUGUCUCCCCGGAAGUUACCAUUAUGUCAAGGACCAAAUGAUUCAUGAUGUUAAAUUGAGGCCUUCUACAGAGAGAAAGAAGGAAGGAAAGGCUACCAAGCAGUUUCUCGAAGAGAUUAACAAGUGGACAGUUCAGUACAAUGUUUCCCCGCUGUCUUGGAAUGUGGCUGUCAAGUUCCUCAUGGCAAGGAAGUUUGAUGUGCUCCGUGCCAUAGAAUUGUUCCACUCCUACAGAGAAACGCGAAGGAAGGAAGGCAUUGUGAAGCUGAAACCUCAUGAGGAACCUCUUCGUUCUGAGAUCCUCAGUGGAAAAUUCACCAUCUUAAAUGUUCGGGACCCAACAGGAGCCUCCAUUGCCCUCUUUACUGCCAGGUUGCAUAACCCCCACAAGUCAGUCCAACAUGUGGUACUUCAGGCUCUGUUUUACUUGCUAGACAGAGCUGUGGAUAGCUUUGAAACUCAGAGGAAUGGACUCGUGUUUAUCUAUGACAUGUGUGGUUCCAAUUAUGCCAACUUUGAGCUGGAUCUUGGCAAGAAAGUCCUAAACCUGCUGAAGGGAGCAUUUCCAGCUCGUUUGAAGAAAGUACUGAUUGUGGGGGCACCCAUAUGGUUCCGAGUGCCCUAUUCCAUCAUCAGCCUCCUCCUGAAGGACAAAGUCCGGGAGAGGAUUCAGAUAUUAAAGACAUCUGAGGUCACGCAGCAUCUGCCCAGGGAGUGUCUUCCAGAAAACCUGGGUGGGUACGUCAAAAUUGAUCUCGCCACUUGGAAUUUCCAGUUCCUACCACAGGUGAACGGCCAUCCAGAUCCCUUCGAUGAGAUCAUCCUGUUCUCCCUCCCUCCUGCCUUAGACUGGGACUCAGUACAUGUUCCAGGUCCCCAUGCUAUGACCAUCCAAGAGUUGGUGGACUAUGUUAACGCCAGGCAAAAGCAAGGAAUCUAUGAGGAAUAUGAAGACAUUCGUCGUGAGAACCCUGUUGGCACUUUCCACUGUUCCAUGUCUCCGGGAAACCUAGAGAAAAACCGUUAUGGGGAUGUACCCUGCCUGGACCAAACUAGAGUGAAGCUAACAAAGCGAAGUGGCCAUACUCAGACAGAUUACAUCAAUGCCAGCUUCAUGGAUGGCUACAAGCAGAAGAAUGCUUACAUUGGCACACAAGGUCCUUUGGAGAAUACCUAUCGUGAUUUCUGGCUCAUGGUAUGGGAGCAAAAAGUCUUGGUGAUUGUCAUGACCACCCGCUUUGAAGAAGGCGGCAGGAGAAAGUGUGGCCAGUACUGGCCUUUAGAAAAAGACUCUCGGAUCCGAUUUGGCUUCCUCACAGUGACCAAUCUAGGCGUGGAGAACAUGAAUCAUUAUAAGAAAACAACACUAGAAAUUCACAACACAGAGGAACGGCAGAAACGCCAGGUGACCCACUUCCAGUUCUUGAGCUGGCCAGACUAUGGUGUCCCUUCCUCAGCAGCUUCCCUCAUUGACUUCUUGAGAGUGGUCAGAAACCAGCAGAGCCUGGCUGUGAGCAACAUGGGAGCACGCUCCAAAGGGCAGUGCUCUGAGCCACCCAUUGUGGUCCAUUGCAGUGCAGGCAUUGGCAGGACAGGUACCUUCUGCUCACUGGACAUCUGCCUGGCACAGCUGGAGGAGCUUGGCACCCUUAAUGUGUUCCAGACGGUGUCACGCAUGAGGACCCAGAGGGCCUUCAGCAUCCAGACCCCUGAGCAGUACUAUUUUUGCUACAAGGCCAUCCUGGAGUUCGCAGAGAAGGAGGGCAUGGUAUCCUCUGGCCAAAACCUGCUGGCUGUGGAGGGUCAGUAACUCUCCCACGAACCUCCUACCUGCUGGCCAGCCUUCCUUAAACUACCCUGGACACCGCUGAGCCUAUAGGUUGCCAUCAGUUACGCUGAAGCCAUGGAUCAACUUCUUUCUUCUGUCUCCCGGCACACGUGUGCACACAAGGCAGCCUUUCCCUUUGGCUAGAUAAAUGUGGUGAAAUUGCCACUAGAAAGGGCCAGCAGCAAUGUGUUCUUAAUUCCUAGCACCUGCUAUCAAACUGUGCCUUAUUAAAACCAAAUUGUGGCUAUUGAUUUUUGCCAGGGUCCCCGAGGUAAGUGGGGAAGGAACCUCCCUCCUCCUUUCUCCCACCAUUCUCUUUCUGGAGGUCUCCUGUCUCCCACUCCUUCCCUUUGCUAGGAUUUUAUGGGGAGGUUUGAUGAGCAUUUGCCUUUCUCCCCAGAGAGCUUGACCAAGUUACAUAUUCUAGAGAUCGUCCUGAGUGCCAAGCACGUUUAUAAGUAGGGCGUGUAUUCGAGUCCUGUCAUUCUGUGUGUGUGCGUGUGUGUACUUAUGUGUAUGGGUCCAUAUGUACGUGUGUAUAUAAUAUAUAUUGUAUGUGAUAAUAUGAUCGUAUUCUAUAAAUACAUAUACACACAGAUAUUCCUUUGUAGAAGUUCCUGGGGCUCUGUGUUGCAGUUCAGGACUCCUUCCUUCUUGGACCCUGCUAUUUAUCCUGGACUAGCUUGGGUUGGUGAUCAUGUCUCCUGUUGUCAGGCUACAGAGUGGUGGAAGAGGACACACACACUUCUCCAUGUUCCUGCCACAGGGCCCCUUCCUUAAGUAAUGACUUAUCUCCCUCCUAUUGGAGCCACGAAUGUAUUAGUUUGUGGUGAAACUGGGUUAGCUCAGCAUGGAUUUCCCUUAUCUGAUGAUUUUUCUGCAUUUACUUGGCCAAUUUGGGGAACAGACCUCCACUGUGAUUCCAUACUCUCUCUUUGCUUUCACUAUCCCAUGGAUGGGAGGCGGAGGGUAGAGAUGAACUCACUGAGCAGCCAGAGCCACAUGCAAUCGGUACGAAGUCUUAGAAGGAAGGAGGCGUAGCCCAGGUAUGAGAGAGAAAAAACUACUAAGAAAAUGCCUCCCUGGGAGGAUGGGCUGGGGCCCUUUUUCUUUUGCUGGAUGGUUCCUUUAUGAAGCUUGGCCGUCUACUGAGAUGCCCAUCUCUUCCUGCCUGCUAGCCUGCUAGACCCUCAAACUGGGUGGGUUCUGUGUCAAUAAAAAGCUUUACCCUCUGGCUGAGUGAGGUGGUCCCCUGCAAUCACUGUUUGUCCCCUACCCACCCAGCCUGUCCCUGCCUGCUCCCAGCCCACUCAUCCUUAUGUGCUAGGGAUAAAUCAAGAGUCCUUAGCACUCCACAUUCCCAAGAAAAUCCCAGGAACUCCUAAACCUUCCCCUGUCACAGAAGAUGAGGUUGGCAGCUGAUGAGACCUCAAUAAUUUUAUAUUGUAAUAAGCUCUUUGAAUGUGUAUAUUCUUAUUUUUUACAAUCAUUUCAUUUUUGUAUUUAAUAUCAAUGGACUGAGGCAGAUUCAGAAAAUAAUUGUAAUGUUCAUAUUCAAUAUCUUACAGUGAUACAGUUUUGUAUUUACAUAUAAAUAUACCGACAUGAUCAAAA